UAGUGGGUCAAAGUCAGAUAAGAACUCUUUCGCACCUUGAGUGAGUAAGAAAAUUUUUCAGAUAAGAUGACUUCCAGCCGAAUUGGCGAACUGCAAACAGAUAUAAUUACAAAGUCUGUUGACUUACCGAUAAGUUCCGACGCACUGGCGAUAUAAAGCCAAGACACAGAAGUAUCAGUCAGUCAGACACCGCCAUGUACUCGACCGGAUUUUUAUGGAGCAUUUUGCUUUUCGGAUCGCUUGUCCGGGCCACACCCACACCCGACAACGGACGGAUUGUGGGCGGCGAGGUGACCACUAUUGAAGAGUUUCCGUAUCAGGUUUCUGUCCAAUACAAAGGCCAGCACAUCUGCGGGGGAUCCAUCAUUGGGGAGCACUUUUUACUGACGGCAGCCCACUGCUUCGAGCAGCCCUACAGCACCGAGGACUAUGCCGUUCGGGUGGCGUCCAGUCAGCACGGGAGUGGCGGGCACCUGCUCAGCCUGCGGCAGAUUAUCACCAACGGCGGCUACAAUCCCCAGAGCCAUGACAACGACGUGGCGCUGCUCAUCUUGAAUGCCAGGCUCAAUUUCACCGAAAACCUGCAGCCUGUGCCUCUGGCCACCGAUUCUGAUUCGCCGCUCAAUGCCAACACCCGCCUUAUAGUCAGUGGAUGGGGCUUCCAGGCGGAGGAGCAGCCGGAUGAAGCAGAUGCCGAAAAAGUCGGUGUCUCGCCCCAACUCCGAUUCGUGGAUGUGGACUUGGUGGAGACGCCUCAAUGCCGGCAAGCUUACCGCCAGGUCCUGCCCAUAACACCGCGGAUGGUGUGCGCCGCCCGCCCGGGGCAGGACAGCUGCCAAGGAGACUCCGGCGGACCGCUGGUCGGUCUGCAGCCGGAAGGAGGACCGGCCAAGCUGUACGGCAUAGUUUCCUGGGGUCUGGGCUGUGCCAAUCCAAACUAUCCGGGAGUCUACACAAGGGUCAGUGCCUUUCGUAACUGGAUCUACGCCCACAUGGGUGCCUGGGGCUGGAACGGUCUCUUGAAAGGAUGGAGUGGACUGCAAUGA